AUGCUCCGCACAAUAUCAAGAAAACACCCGCGCUCGAUCAUCGAGAAAAGAGCUACCCACCCCAUCUUCAGCUCUCCACCCGCGCGGCCUCGCCCUCUUAGCCAUUCCGCAGCCCAGCUCACCACUCCUGGGCCUCCAAAUCCGGCAAAGAACAGGAACUCGACCAGCCCACCUUCACCAUCGCCCUUCAACAUAUGGGCCCAGAUCCGUUCCUCUCCCCGUCCAAUCCGCUACACUCUCUACACUGCAUCUGCCUUGGCAGCUACCGCCGAGACUACCUUCUGGCUGAAUGUCAUAUAUGCCAGAUGGUUCGCUGGGGAACAAGACCGAGAAAAGGCCGAUGAGUUGUUGGAGAGAUUCACUGAAGCCGUGCGGGGUUACCGAGUGAGGUAUUUGGCCAAUUAUGCGUCGUACUACAGCAAUGGGGUAUGGGGAUUGUGA